UUACUUCUUUUUUUAAUUUUGGAUAUUACUUAAAGAAGUAAACGACGUCGCUUGGAAGCCCUAGGGCUAAACAUGCUAUUGCAAACCCUAACCCUAAUUUAAACUUAUCUUCUACGCCCCUCUCUCCCAUCUCCACGGACAACACUCUCCAUGGGUCGCGUAAUCCGAGCUCAGCGUAAGGGUGCUGGAUCCGUCUUCAAGGCUCACACCCACCACCGCAAGGGUCCGGCCCGCUUCCGCAGUCUCGACUUCGGCGAGCGCAAUGGCUAUCUCAAGGGCGUUGUCACCGAGAUCAUCCACGACCCAGGCCGUGGUGCCCCCCUUGCCCGCGUCGUUUUCCGUCACCCCUUCCGUUACAAGAAGCAGAAGGAGCUCUUUGUUGCCGCCGAGGGCAUGUACACUGGCCAGUUCGUGUACUGCGGCAAGAAGGCCACGCUCGUGGUAGGCAACGUCUUGCCCCUCAGAUCUAUUCCUGAAGGUGCCGUCGUCUGCAACGUCGAGCAUCAUGUUGGCGACCGUGGCGUUCUCGCUAGAGCUUCUGGUGAUUACGCCAUUGUUAUUAGCCACAACCCUGAUAACGACACCACCAGAAUCAAGCUUCCAUCUGGUGCCAAGAAAAUUGUUCCAAGUGGAUGCCGAGCGAUGAUUGGGCAAGUUGCAGGUGGUGGGAGGACUGAGAAACCACUUCUCAAAGCUGGUAAUGCUUAUCACAAGUAUAGGGUGAAGAGGAACUGCUGGCCUAAGGUGCGUGGUGUGGCAAUGAACCCAGUUGAGCAUCCUCACGGAGGUGGUAACCAUCAGCACAUUGGACAUGCUAGCACUGUUAGGCGUGAUGCUCCUCCUGGACAGAAGGUUGGUCUUAUUGCUGCAAGGAGAACCGGUAGGCUCAGAGGUCAAGCUGCUGCAACUGCUGCCAAGGCCGAUAAGGCUUAGGCAUACGUUAUUACUUGUUUCCUUUUGUCAUUUCUCCUUUAGGAAAUAUGUUUGAGAGUAUCAAGUACAUCGUGGUGACAAUUUUGUUCACUUUCACCACCCUUCGAUAUCAUUUUGGAAUGUUUUAUAAUGAAUAGCAGAUUUUCCAUCCAGAGAAUUUGGCUCCAGUCCUGGCUCCAUGUCAGCUAUAACUUGAUUGUGAUAGGGUUGGUAUUGGCUAAAGUGAUUAACCACAUGCAUCUUCGAGUCUCUCCCCACUUGGGUCUAAAGAACUCGUGGUAGGUGAUGUCCGCUACUGUGGUUUUAUUUGAGAAUACUGGUUUGUAGCUAACGGUAAUAGGUUUUU